CAAUCGCCGUCGCGCUUACUCGCCGAUGCGGUAGUACCAACAUGGCAGCUUUCUGAGUUUUGGAGGAGGAGAGCUGGUGUAAAUACAGAGAAUUUAAGCGUUUCUGAGACGAGGACAGGGUCAGGGAGCCUGAGCUCGAGACUUAUUGGAUUGUCGGCGGAAAAUGUCGAGCGACGGGAACAAGAAACAGUUCUGGAAAAGAAACACAGCCAAGGUUCCUGGCAGUAUUCAGCAUGUUUACGGCGCACAGCAUCCACCUUUUGACCCGCUUCUUCAUGCCAAUCUAAUCAAAGCAGGAAACAAACCCCCUCCGGCCACGCCAGGCAAGCCGAAGAAAGCCACCACCUUCCAGGAGUUCGAGAGCAUCACCAGCGACGCCUGGGAUGUCGGCGACGAUGACGACGAGCUGCUGGCCAUGGCUGCACAGAACCUUAACAUUGAGGUUGUCAUGGAGACGGCGAAUAAGGUGAUUGAGAAUCACAGCAAGCAGCAGGAGAGACGGAGGCAAGACGACACGACAGAGCCGGGUCAGGGAGAGGAAGACGCACAGGAGGAGGUGGCGGCGGAGGAGGUGGAGGAGGAAGAGGAAGAUGAGUAUCUCAGAGUGGAGGAAGUGGAGGCAAUCAGCCCAGAUGCAUCAUUUGCCUCUCAGGGCAGCCCUUACGCUGAUAGCCGUCUGGUGAAAUCCCACAGUGAAGCUCCAAUUGGGUCACCUAGAGAUGCGGCGGGCGAGCGCGCCGGCCUCCACAGACAGAGGUCUCUGCCCCAUCGGCCGCCCGUCAUCCCAUUAGUGGCUCGCAUGGCUGACCAGAACACAUCUGGCACCCCGGCCAUGACCGAGAGGGAAGCAUCCCGCCUGGAUAAGUUCAAACAGUUGCUGGCGGGGCCCAACACAGAUCUGGAGGAGCUGCGGAAGCUCAGCUGGUCUGGAAUCCCGCGACAAGUUCGACCGAUAGCCUGGAAGCUUCUUUCUGGUUAUCUGCCUGCCAACGCAGAGAGGCGAGAAAGCGUUCUACAGAGGAAGAGACAAGAAUAUUUCGGCUUCAUCCAGCAAUACUACGACUCGCGCAAUGAUGAGCACCAUCAAGACACAUACAGACAGAUUCACAUUGACAUACCGAGAACUAAUCCUCUUAUUCCUCUUUUCCAACAAGCUUCUGUCCAAGAGAUAUUUGAGCGGAUUCUGUUCAUCUGGGCCAUCCGGCAUCCGGCCAGCGGCUACGUGCAGGGCAUCAACGACCUGGUCACGCCGUUCUUCGUCGUCUUCGUCUUCGAGUACAUCGAGGAGGAAGUGGAAAACUUUGACGUGUCCAGUCUCCAGGAAGAGGCUCUGAGGAACAUUGAGGCUGACAGCUUCUGGUGCAUGAGCAAACUGCUCGACGGCAUCCAGGACAACUAUACAUUUGCUCAGCCAGGCAUUCAGAGGAAAGUCAAGGCCCUUGAGGAGCUGGUCAGCAGGAUUGAUGAGUCUGUGCACCGCCACAUGCAGCAGUACGAGGUGGAGUACCUGCAGUUCGCCUUCCGCUGGAUGAACAACCUCCUGAUGAGGGAGCUGCCGCUGCGGUGCACAAUCAGACUGUGGGACACGUAUCAGGCUGAACCUGAAGGCUUCUCUCACUUCCACCUGUACGUGUGUGCUGCCUUCCUGGUGAGGUGGAGGAAAGAGAUUCUGGAGGAGCGGGAUUUUCAGGGCCUGAUGAUCCUGCUGCAGAACCUCCCCACGAUGCACUGGGGCAACGAGGAAGUGAGCGUGCUGCUGGCUGAAGCCUACAGGUUGAAGUUCGCCUUCGCCGACGCGCCCAACCAUUACAAGAGAUGAUGAGAGCGUCUCCACCUCCUCGUCCUCUUCCUCAUCCUUCGCCGCCUGCUGGACUCACAGGCUCCUCCCAUUUUCCUAACCACUCCCCCCUCUUUUUAUUUUAUUUUUUAUUUUUUUUGCCCAUAUUUCCAGUGGGCCUUUCCGCUACUAAGAGAUUCGAAUCAAACAGUGACUUGAUGGUGUAGCAUUUUGACACGAUGAUCCGGAGCCUUUUCUUUUUAAAUUAUCUCUAUGACCGGCACUGAAACGUGCGUUCAUCCUCAGUCUGAUGCAGAAACAGAUCAUUAAUACUGAUGAUUGCAAGUUUGUUGUUUUCCUUUUUGUCGUCGAACAACCACACAGCUUGAUGCAGGAUCAUGAACAGUUCCCCCACACCGCCUGGGGUUAAAAUCUGCAUCAUUUUACACUACCAUAGCAAUACUUAGUUUAUUUUGCUCCCCUUGGCAAAAUAAAACCCUUUAUUUAGUGUAUAAAUAUGAAGAAAGACAGCAGAAGGACACUUUUUUUUCUUCUUUUUAUUAAUAGAGGAUUUACAAAUCUUGAAGGCGUCUGCAGUUUUUUUUUUGCGACAUGAGGGGGAAACUGAUUCAGUCGGUUUCCCAGGUUCCGACGGCACAGAUCGGGUUCCGAGAAUCCAACACUCAGCAAAUUGCUCUCCCUUUUAUCCUCCCCUCCUCACUUCCUCCCGCUCAUCCUCUCACACUCCCCGUACAUUAGAGUGGAAGGUAAAAACGGCGUCCGGAGAAGCUCACCCCACGUUUAAAAUGAUAACACCGUCAGGAUGGAGAGGGGCCGACUUUGUCUUAGGUCGCCUGUUCACAAAGGGCUACGUCUCGCCAUCAGCUCGCUACCUCAGAUCUCACUAAAUUUGUCAUUUCAGAGCGACGGGGGGACAAAAGAUGUUUUGGAUUUUUCUCGUUUUUCAGUUCCACUAAGAUGUCUUUCUAAUUUACUAGAGUGAAAUCCUGCUAAUUCUAGAAUAAAGCGUCUGAACUGAGGUUAGCAUAAACAGUUUAUCCAUCUAAACGCCUCAGAAUCUGUGAUGUAGUUAAAAAUGGGAGCCCAGGCCUCCGUCUUUAGCCAUGUCUUUUACUUUUUAAAGCAGAAGAAAUGUUAGAUAAUUGCUCCUAUUUUGCACUGGAGCUGGAGUGUAAAUAUUUUUGGAUCAAAUCAGGAAUAUUUGCUAUGAUGGAAUGUAAUUGAAAAUAGUCGAGUCCUGAGUUCAGAUCUGUCAUUUGCAGUCUGUCUGUUCAUAUCAUGUAAAAUAUACACAGUCCUCAAGAUGGAAAUGUGCAGAGUUUUCAGUUCUUCUAAUCCAAGUUUUAAAAAUAUCGAUAGAGUUGUUUGCUAUAAACUUAUGGCAGAAAUGUCGAUGUAGGUCAGUACGGGAGGAGAUUAUGGCCACUGGAGAAAAAAUAUAUAUAUACUUUUUUUUAAAUCAGAAUUUAUUUUCCUUACACUCAGAAUUCUGACAUUUUUCUCAAAAAUUUCACUUUUUUCUCAAAAUAAUAGAAAAUAUUAAUAUAAUAAUUCAAUUCUCUCCUCAGAAUUCUGACUUGUAUCAGAAGAUCAAAAUCAGGAUUCUAAGCUUAAAUUCAGAGUUUUUGUUUAAACUCAGAAUUUGGAGCAAAAAUAUCAGAUUUUUUUUUUUUUUUUUUAAAUUCAGUGACCCUGAUCUUCUUCCAUAGAUCAGACUUCAAAUCUAAACAUGGCAGGAAGUAAAUAAAUAAAUAAAUAUGGCAAGAAGGAAAGGACAAAACUAACAUGGCUGAUGAUCUAGUAGAUAUAUUCUUUGGAUAGGGGAAAAAAAAACGGUUUGUGAGCUGGUUGGAUGCUGGAAUUGGUGCGACGGACGGAUAAACGGAUGAGCUUCCUGGCAGUUGGUGUGAUAACAAAACUAACACACCUUUCCGCUCCAUCUUUCACAUGUAGACAUACACACUUAUGAGAUAAUCCCUUUCCAGUCCAGCAGAAUGCCUAAAUCAAGAAGAGAAUAUUUCUUUCCUGCUAAUUUCCCGUUGUCACGUCGCGGGGCUCGUCGUCGUAAUUCUUCGCAGGGAUGCGGCGGCGGCGGUCUGAUAAUCAAGACACUGGAUGACAUAACUCAAAAAGCGGUUAACAUCCGCAGCCUCCUGCAGCGCCUCCGCCAGGAUCCAUUAUUGUCACCGUGCGCCGGCAGAGACGGCGAGCGUAGGUGUGUGUGAAGGGGAGACGGGGCGAGAGGGAGAGAGAGAGGGAGGGUGUUGUGUUCCUUUGGAAGUUUCAGCGCUUUUUCUCUGAGAGCUGUCAGUCUUUGAUCACACACUGGGACUUUUUUUUUUUUUUCUUUUCACAAGCCCCUUAUCUCCUGUGCUGUGUGACAAGAAAAACUGCACUUAAUUUAAAAAGUCCACAGCUCCUUCCUCUCUCCUUCUGCUUUCUCUCUUUGUGAUGUAUAUCCACUUCUUUCAAUCAGCAUUUAAAGAAAAAAAAACAAAAAUCAUCCACGACAGUUAAUUUUUUAUUUUCUUUCUUUCUUUUUCUUUUUUUAUAGCUACUAAUGUUUACGUUAAGUUGUGCCUGACUCUAAGCCAUCCGGAUUAACGCAAAUGUACCCUGGAGGUUUACAGUUUCCUGUUUUUCUUUGUCUAUACAUUGUUUGGUCGUAAAACCAUCAACCUGAGCUGCUUCAUUCUUCCCUGGGCACUUAUUGACGCACUAUUACUACAAGUGUGGCAUUUGUUUACUGAACCUGCCCCUGUUCCUCUGCAGGCCCGUCAAGCCCUGAUGCUGGAACUUGUGCGCAUGAGCAGGGCCGAGGCUUUCACUCGGCAUUUGAGGAGCUAAAAAGGCGCAGCAGUGUUGCCAUCUCCCAAAAAACCCCACCAAGGUACACAAAUCAGUGAGAGUAUUUUCCUCGAUUCUUUGAGAAUAUCUGUGUUUAAUAUCUUUUUAGGAGACUUUAUUACUCUGCUGAAAAGUCAAAGCGUUUUUCUUUUCGUAAAGUUUUCAUAAACUCCUAUUGGUGGAGUUUGAGAGCUUUAACACCUUCCUCCAUAUGUUGUUGUUACCUGUGGUAAAGAUGCGUGAAAGGCCUUUGAAAUGCAGCAUACAAAGUCAACACAGUUAAUAAGAAUCAUUAUAAAAUAACUCUUUAAUGUUAAGAAGCGUUUCAGAAAUACCCCAAAACAAAAAUGUUUUUCCUCAUUUGACAGAAAAGGCCAUUCAUUUUUCAUCAAUUCUUCAAAAUAGAAAAGGCAGGAACACAUUCCGUUUGAGUAAAGAAUAAGGUUUUGAUAUUUAUAAGUCCAGAAACAACAGCAAAAACAAAACACACUAAUCCAGAUAUACUUUUGUCCCACCAUCACAAAUGUAAACUAUGGUUUAGUGAAUGUGGAGCAUAAAAAAAUGUAAUGAAUUUGGUGAAUCAUCCGUUUCUCUUCCAGAGUCCCUGGAAAUCCUGUCAGAGAGCGCGGCAUCAUGAACUCCUCGAUUCUAUUUUAAUUUAAUUCUUCAAAAAAAAUUAAAAAAAAUACCCUGACACUUAAAAAGAAAAAUAGCUUCCCCAGACUCAAAAAGGUCUUUUUACACUUUUACCUGAGGUAGCAAUAGAUGUGUCAGAAUUACAGACUCAUUUCAUGUAAAAACCCUCUUCUAGAGGCGUAUUAUUUCUACUGAUGGAAAUAAUACAUUAAAGCUGGUAAAACCCGCAGGUCAUCUCGGCUCCCUGUAAGAUUUGUCGCACACGUUGGAGUCGCCGCUGCUUUUAGCUCGACAGGCGAAGCGGCAUUAACUAACAGGCGGGGCAGGGAUUUGCAAACUGUACGUUUUUCUCCACAAAGUUCUGCUUUUAUUCAUCUUAAGUUGCCUUAAUGCACAGAUUUGUGUUGAUAUGAAAAGCGUCGAGGGGAGUUGGUCGUCUUCAGUGCGUGUCUGCGAGCCGCGGGCGAAUUACAGCUUCCCCUUCUCUGUUUUUUUGUUUUUUUUCCCUCCUUCCCUCAGUCAGUUUUUUUUUUUUUUUUUAAGGCACAGCCGUUUCCUUUCGACACGAAUCAGACGUCUCCACGCACGCGCGACAAUUUAAUAAACAAACUCAAACAAAAUCACUUGCUGCUAAUCUCAAAUUAGCCCGCCACCGGUUCCUUUGCGCGUCGCCCCUCGUCUCCAUGGCGAUCGGUGGCAUCUGGCUGGGGGCCGACUCUCUUUCUAUUAGCCCACACAGAGAAGACUUCAAGCAUCAUCAGGCAGCUUUCGGGAAAAAUAGCAACACUUCUGCUUUUCUUUCUUUCCUUCUUUCUUGGUUUUUUUUUUCUUUUCUUCCGGUAGUCUAAACUUGUGAAAACCAAAAUGAAGAAACAAGCCUCCUCUCUUCUGUGUCUUUUGCUCCACAGAGCUGAGAAAGAAAGCUAAUAUUUGCCAGAUCGUGUGAGUGACAGUACUGUCUAUUGAAUUGAAUUUCAAUACAUGUACAGAAACAAAUAUCUGUAAAUAGAAAGUGUAAAUAAAUCCUAUAUAUGGAAUACCAAAAAAAAAAAAAAA